AUGGGUCUCUUUUCUAGUUUUAUCGACUCCUUCUGUGAGCAUUGCUCAUCCCAAUCCAUCUACACCUUGGUCUCGGUGGGCGCCUUGUCCUUUAUCGCGUUCUCCGUGAUCAUCAACGUCUUGCGCCAGUUGCUCUUCAAGAGCCCCCAUGAGCCUCCCGUCGUCUUCCAUUGGUUUCCUUUUGUCGGCAGUACCAUUAGCUAUGGUAUCGAUCCUUACAAGUUCUUCCAUGCUAGCCGCGCAAAGUAUGGUGAUAUUUUCACCUUCGUUCUGUUGGGAAAGAAGACUACUGUCUACCUGGGCACUAAGGGUAACGAGUUCAUCCUGAAUGGAAAGCUGCGUGAUGUUUGCGCCGAGGAGGUGUAUUCGCCACUGACCACCCCGGUCUUCGGUCGCCAUGUUGUCUACGAUUGCCCCAACUCUAAGCUCAUGGAACAGAAGAAGUUCGUGAAAUUCGGCCUUACCUCUGAAGCCCUCCGGUCUUACGUUCGCCUCAUCACCACCGAAGUCGAUGAGUUCGUUAAGACUUCCCCCGCUUUCCAGGCCUCCAAGGGUACGUUUGAUGUUAGUAAGAUCAUUUCCGAAAUCACCAUCUACACUGCCUCCCGCUCGCUUCAAGGCAAGGAAGUGCGUGCUCGCUUCGACUCGACUUUUGCGGAGAUGUACCACGAUCUGGACAAGGGUUUUGCGCCAAUCAACUUCAUGCUGCCUUGGGCUCCUCUGCCUCACAACCGCAAGCGUGAUGCCGCUCAGAAGAAGAUGGCCGAGACCUACAUGGACAUUAUCCGCGAGCGCCGUGAGUCUGGUGGCGAGAAGGAGGAGGAUAUGGUCUGGAACCUCAUGUCUUGCACUUACAAGAACGGUACCCCGAUUCCUGAUGUCGAGGUGGCUCACAUGAUGAUUGCUCUCUUAAUGGCUGGUCAACACUCUUCGUCCUCUACUGCUGCUUGGAUUGUUCUGCGUAUGGCUACUUGCCCUGAAAUCAUGGAUGAACUGUACGAGGAACAAAUCCGCGUUCUGGGUGAGGAUCUGCCUCCUCUCACUUACGAGAAUCUUCAGAAGCUGGAUCUCCACUCCAAGGUUAUUAAGGAGACUCUCCGUAUUCACGCCCCUAUUCACUCCAUCAUCCGUGCCGUCAAGAACCCCAUGCCUGUCGAGGGAACUCCCUAUGUCAUCCCCACCACCCACAAUGUUCUGUCCUCCCCUGGUGUCACUGCCCGAUCUGAAGAAUACUUCCCUGAACCCUUGAAGUGGAACCCCCACCGCUGGGACGAGGAUGCCGCUGCAGCCAAGGACGAGGAUGAUGAGGAGCAGAUCGACUACGGUUAUGGUCUUGUUAGCAAGGGUACUAACAGCCCCUACCUUCCUUUCGGAGCGGGUCGUCACCGCUGUAUCGGUGAGCAGUUCGCUUACGUCCAGCUGGGAACGAUUUUGGCUGCGCUGGUGCGCCAAUUCCGAUUCACCAACCCUCCUACUCGCAAAGAUAUCCCUGACACUGAUUACUCGGUAAGCGAUUUACUCAACCCCACUUUGUUGAAACUCGUACAAGUAUACUGA